AUGACAACCUUUGAGAAGCAGACCGAGUGCGUUGUGGAAGCCUUGUUCUCUGACCUCUUCAGUGAAGAUGAGACUCAGUGUAGGAGCCUGGAGACAGACUGUGGAGGGCCCGCCCAGGCUGCCUCGGAACCUCCGCCCGCCUUCGACCCCGUCCUGGUCGCCAGUCGCCUGCGGCGGAUGGGGGACCAGUGCAACCUGGAUUUUGAAAGGGUUUCCUCAAAGGAUCUUGCGGAAGUGCUGGAGGGAAAGAUGGAGAAGUUUGAGGCUGCUGUGGGCUCUCUCAGCAGCACCUGGAGUGCCCAGAACCCCGAGAUGGCCUACGAGAUAGCUUUUCUCUCUGUUUCUGUGAAAUUGAUAAUGCAUGUUGCUAAGAAAAUCCCAGCUAUGGUGCAUCCUCACCAACUCAUACAAGUGAUUAAUGGAAAUCCUCAAGUGAGGAGCUACAUCGAGGCCCGUGGUGGAUGGGAGAACUUGGAAAACUGA